AUGUCUCAUAGCAAUUCUACUGACAACGCAAAAGCAGGUUCAUAUUCCCAAAUAAAAACUAUUGUGAGUACACCCUUACCCUUCGAGGUCAGGAAGAAGAUGAUGUCUGACAAGGGUUAUAACAGGUUUGGGGAGAUCAUGAACCCUAAAAAUCCAAACUGGAAAGUGAGAGAUCGGAACAACCUCAACACCCAAGAUAUUGAUGGAGCAGUUCCAGAUGCAUAUGGAAGGCUCAGGAAAAUAAAUGGAAGAGAUUAUAUCAACAUUAAUGAUAUUAAAGGGUCACAAUCUGGCUAUAAAAUAGAUAAAUUCGCUAAUAAAGUUCAUUUCAGCCUCCAGACCAAAGACGUGACUGAGGAAGGCAAGAAGAACUACAAGAAAGAUUACAAUCCUUUAGAGCCAAAUUAUGUAAUGUAUACUAAAAGUCGCAGAAGAAAGAUGGUAAUUAAAGAUGAUGAGAAGACUAAGCCAAGAAAGUUAUUCACACCAAGAACUAGAAGAAGGAAUAACAAUGUCAAUGAUAUCGAAGGAGCUCAACCAAAGAAGCGUACUUGGCUGCGCAAAAUAAACGAAUGAUCUGAUGAUGAGUCUAGAUUCAACACUGGGUUACCUAUUCAAAAUCACUUUACUUCUCGGAACAAAGUCAGUCUCAGCAACAUUGGUAGAAAUAUCACUUUUGAUCCUUCAAAAAUGCCGGAAAGACAAGCUUAUUCAAAGGUUGAUACUUACACUCAGAGAAAUUCACCUAGUAGAAGGAAGAAUAACAUCUUAAGCAAUAACAACUCUCUUUCAAGAGCCGAGAGAUUAACCGAAGGAAAUUCUGAGGAGAGAAAGAGACAUGCAGCUACUAGGCAUAACUCGAAUUCUCCUCAAAGAGGCACUGAGAAGCAGCAAACAUCUUUACCAAACCUUGCUGUACCAAAGAACAGGAAGGAGAUUCUCGAGGUCGAGAAUGGAUGGGAUAGUGGUAAAAAGAGCAAAAAGUAUUCUAAUCUGAUCUUAAAUCACAAUUCUGCAGCAAAAUUGUCCAAGAAUCUUGGUGAUUUAUCCCAGCAAGAAAGUUAUAAUCACUCCCCAGCUAAGGUUCAGAAUGGCAAAUCUAGGAAUGUGAACCAGACAGUGCAGUAUCCUGAAAAUGAAGACCUCAAUAGUCACAUUAGAGUUACAGAAUUACUUGAUAGAAGACCUAAUAGAAAUCAUGGCCUAAAUCAAGGCAAAAGUAUGACUAACAACAAGAAUUCUCCAGUAAAGAACUCAGCUAUGCCAGGAUACUAUGAAGAUUCAUUAAAGCCCAGCAUCAGAAGAGAAAAGCCUAGUAGUAGCUUUACGACUGAUAAUAAGGAGUUCCAUAGCUUCUCGAAUAAGAAAGAUAAUGUGAGAAAGUUUCUCAAGAGAAAUCUUGCUGAUAGAAGAGAAAAUAUCAGCACAAAUAUUGUAUUAUCCAAAGAGGAUCAACUUAAUCAGAUCAUCAAGAAUAGGAUGAAAGAAGGAAGUAUGCAUGAGAAUCCUCUUAAUGAUUUCAGCCCUAAGAACCAAGCUCUUAAGAGAAGCCUCCCUUACUUCUAAGAAUAAAA